AUGUUAGGUACCUAUGUAACCGUCGAUAUAUGCACAAAAUGGUUAACCGAUCCGCGGAAUACAGAUCACAAAAUCAAUAUUCCAUUGACAGUUAGUCGGGUGCGUUCACAAAGGUUUGGUUGUGUACAAGUCCCGUCACAAUAUACCUUUUGUUAUCGUGCUAUAAUUGACUUUGCAGUGAAUGCUAGUUUACUAGAUUUUGAUAAAGGUCAAAGUGUAUUAAAUUCAUUAAUUUCAGAGUCGAAUACACAAACAUCAAAUAUGCCAACAUCAUCAUUUUAUCAUCAUCAGUCAUCAUUACCUAGACCAUUUUGUGGAUUAAUACCAAAUUUAAAAAAUGAUUUAAACCAUGCAUCAUCCACUUUUAAACAUGACCGUAUAAUCACUGAUCCUACUCCUAUUGCUGCUACUGCAUCAACAUUAAUUUCAUCAAUAUCUCAAGGAAAUUGUUCUUUCCCUUCUGCAUCUACUGUUUCACUUAAUCAUAAUCGUAGCCCAUUUCAUGAAUUGUUGGCGUUGUUUACACCUGCUAAUUUGACAUCAAUUAAAAAUUCAAUUUGUUUUAGAAAAUUCAAAGAUACAACUAGUUCAGAAUUUUCGACUGAAAAUGAUAUUCUUGAUAUUGAUGGUGAAGUUUGUCUUGUAGAUGAUAAAACUACAUCAAUUAA